CGCUACGCGACUCGGGUGUGCAGAGGUGAAAAAGAGACCGUGAACUUUACUGCCGCGGCUAGUGUUUUCACAGCGCGCUUAACAUAAUGGGUUACUUUUAACAAUGCACCGACAGGUCACAGAUGUAUUUCUUGGGUGACAGGAGUGACCAUGAUGCCGUGCUUUGGUGUCCUGUUAUUGCUGGUACUCCUCUCCCAGGUCAGAGGACUCUUCCAGACGUAUGAGGAGGUCUCCGUGCCUGAAGAAUGGGUCCUGCUUCAUGUAGUCCAAGGCCACAUCGGUGCAGGAAACUACAGCUACCUGCGUCUCAACCAUGAUGGGCGCAUCAUCCUGCACAUGCGCAGCCUCAAGGGUGAUGCUGAUCUCUACGUGUCUGAUAAAACACUGCGACCAGACUUUGAUACCUACAAGCUUCAGUCGGCCACCUGCGGCUAUGAUGUUGUGGUGGUUCCAGGGGACUUUGUGAGACCCGUGGGAAUCGGUAUCUACGGACACCCCUCUCACAUGGAGAGCGAGUUUGAGAUGAAGGUGUAUUACGAUCAGACAGCUUUAACAGAUGAUCCAUUUUUGAAGGAUUCUUAUUUUUCAGAGGAGAGUCAUGGACAGCCCAAGCAUCCGCAGCAAAGCCCUGAAGAAGAAGUGGAGGAGGAGGAGUCCAUCCUCUGGACAAUUCUUAUCGGAAUCCUAAAGAUAAUACUUGAAAUUUUGUUUUGAUCAUGAAGUGCUCAUUGCCAUUGUAAAAAUGUUGCCAUUAGUAUUUGCAUAUCAGGAGAGACCGCUGAAUUGUGUGGCCAAAAUAACUGAAAUAAAAGCAGUGGAGAAAAGCUUUUUGAUAAAUGUAGGAUUUUUUGUUCUAAGCCUGGAUUUGAUGUGAACUAGUACACCCCCAAUAACUAAACAUAAUCUGUUCCUCUGCUCAUGCUUUCUGUCAUAUGCAAAUGCAAAUGGCAAUUCUGCUGUCAGAAUAAUUGAUUGCGUAUCUACAGACCCAUUUCAUGUUCUGAACAGUUUAUCUGUUUUGAUGGUGAUUCAUUUUCAGCCAUACUGUAUAUUGUUUUAAUUUUUUUUCUAAUUUAUUAUGUUCUGAAUCAUUUGGGGUCUGCAGGAAUUCAGAGCACUAUGCAAUCACAAUCACCUUUUGAAAAGAAAUACACAACUGUGCCUUUUGUAAGAGUCCUUUCAUUGAAAAAAAUAGAAGGGCAUAAUUUCAUGCAGCUGUAACAUUUGUAACAUUUUCAAAUAAAGGCAAUCAUUUGUGCAAACUGCAA